AUCUGAAACUGAAAAAGGUUAAAUGGUCAAGGGGGACUAUUGGGUUUGUGUAGGAAGGGGACGAGAGGUCAUUGAAUUAAAUGUAACCUCGUGCUUGCUUUCAUUAACAUGGUCCCUACUUGAAAACCGUUUUUUCCAGCUUUACUCUUCCUUAAUUAAUUACAUUAUUACAUUAAUUAUACAUACAACGCCAUGGAAGAGGAGGUUUCUUCAAGCCAUAUUGCGUAUCUUUAACCCAGUAACAGUCUUUUUUUUCUCAAAAUGUCUUUAAUUUGAGGAGAAUCUAUCUCCUAAUAUGCAUCUCCUUGUGGAAGUUGGCAUGAUAUUGGUUUUCUUCAGCUCUCUAAUGCAUGUGGUUAUGUCAGGUAAAGGAAGGUCUGUAAGAUUUUAUGAUAAGAGAGAGAGAGAGAUGCCUUUUGCUUUUUUUGGCGUAGAGUAAUGUUGUAAAACCAGCCUUUCCAGCCAUACCCAGUUGCUGUUUUCUCCAUUUGAGGUUUCUCUUCUGGGAGGGUCAUUAAGAAAUCCAGUAUCCAGAUCAUAGCAAGCCCUCACAAGCAGGUUUUGAAGCAUUUGGGAGAUGGGUUCUUCAGUUUUUCUUUAAUCGAUUGAGGCAGAGGCCAGUUCUCCUCUCCUCUUUGUUUAUUUUCUGUUUCUCGGCCUUUGGAGUGGCCUGUUUCUUCUGGGUUUCAGCCCUUGCCUCUAAAGAAAGAUUAGGUUGUUACCCCACCACAAACUAGUAGGAAAAAUUGAGGUUCCUGGUAUCAGAAUGAGAGAUUUCCCUUCUUGUUUUGGCGAAAAUGGGGUUCAAGUUGCGGAUUCUUCUUCAAGUGCCAGCAAAAAUGCUCAGAAUUUGGUUACGUGCGUUUAUCAGGGUACAUUACGCGGCCGUUCUUGCAUGAUUACUGUUACAUGGAGCAAGAAUCUGAUGGGUCAAGGCCUUAGUGUUGGGAUCGACGAUUCAACCAACCAAUGCCUCUGUAAAGUUGAUAUAAAACCCUGGUUGUUCUCCAAGAGAAAAGGGUCCAAGAGUUUAGAGGCAGAUUCUAGUAAAGUUGAUAUAUACUGGGACCUCUCAUCAGCCAAAUUCGGAUCCGGCCCUGAGCCAUUGGAAGGAUUCUAUUUGGCUGUCGUCUUUGAUCGAGAGAUGGUUCUCCUCCUUGGGGAUUUGAGUAAGGAGGCAUACAAGAAGACCAACGCGGCACCCGUUCCUUCGAAUGCCAUUUUUGUCGCCAAGAGAGAGCACAUUUUCGGGAAGAGGCUCUAUGGUACCAAAGCUCAGUUCUGUGACAAUGGGCAGAUCCAUGAUGUUACCAUUGAGUGCGAUACUGUUAAUCUCAACGAUCCCUGCCUCUUGAUCCGCAUAGACAGUAAGACGGUGAUGCAGGUGAAGCGCCUUAGAUGGAAGUUCCGGGGGAAUCAAACCAUCUUGGUUGAUGGGCUCCCUGUAGAAGUCUUCUGGGAUGUCCAUAACUGGCUCUUCGGUCCGGCUCUUGGAAGUGCUGUUUUUAUGUUCCAGACUUGCCUUUCCGCUGAGAAGUUGUGGGCGAGCCAUACGUCCUCUGAUCCUACUAUAUUGCCUUGGUCUUGCUCGCAAAUAUUCAGAGAUUCCCAAUUACAAGGUCUUGGUUUCUCACUAAUUUUGUAUGCUUGGAAGAAUGAGUAGAGGUGUAUUCUUCCUUGUGCUAACACUAUUUUUAGUGAGUGAUCAUUUUUGUUAACGAUGUGUUUGAAUUACAUGAAAUGUGAUUUAUAAGUGGCUUCAUUCGUUUCUACUCAACUUUUCUUGUCUCAAUUAAAUUGAAUGAUUCAAAUGGAUCAGUAUUUGUAUGAUUUUCUUA